UGUUGACAGCGGCGGCGGCGGCGGAUCCCGGCGGGCGACGGGAGUCGGCGUCUCUGGUUCCUGCCCCUGGUCCCGAGGCGGUGGUGGACGGGCGUUCCGGGAUGGCCUUCAUGGAGAAGCCACCGGCCGGCAAGGUCCUGCUGGACGACACGGUGCCGCUGACAGCAGCCAUCGAGGCGAGCCAGAGCCUGCAGUCCCACACGGAAUAUAUCAUUCGGGUACAAAGAGGAAUUUCUGUAGAAAAUAGCUGGCAGAUUGUUAGGAGAUACAGUGACUUUGAUUUGCUGAACAACAGCUUGCAGAUUGCAGGCCUAAGUCUACCUCUUCCUCCCAAAAAAUUGAUUGGUAACAUGGAUCGUGAGUUCAUAGCUGAGAGGCAGAAAGGUCUUCAGAACUAUCUCAACGUUAUCACCACAAAUCAUAUCUUGUCUAAUUGUGAGCUGGUUAAGAAGUUUUUAGAUCCAAACAACUAUUCUGCAAGCUAUACUGAGAUUGCCUUACAACAGGUUUCCAUGUUCUUCCGAUCAGAACCAAAGUGGGAGGUGGUGGAACCAUUGAAAGACAUAGGUUGGAGGAUAAGGAAGAAAUAUUUCUUGAUGAAGAUUAAAAAUCAGCCAAAGGAACGGCUAGUGUUAAGCUGGGCUGACCUUGGUCCUGACAAGUAUCUGUCAGAUAAAGAUUUUCAGUGUCUAAUCAAACUUCUGCCGUCCUGUUUGCACCCUUACAUCUAUCGUGUUACCUUUGCCACAGCUAACGAAUCCUCAGCAUUGCUAAUUAGAAUGUUUAAUGAAAAAGGAACUUUGAAGGACCUGAUCUACAAGGCAAAACCAAAAGACCCAUUCCUAAGGAAGUACUGCAACCCUAAGAAGAUUCAAGGCCUUGAACUCCAGCAAAUAAAAACAUAUGGGCGGCAAAUAUUAGAGGUACUAAAGUUUCUCCAUGACAAGGGAUUCCCUUAUGGGCAUCUUCAUGCUUCCAACGUGAUGCUGGAAGGGGACGCUUGCCGGCUGCUGGACCUUGAGAAUUCCUUGUUGGGCCUUCCUUCCUUCUACCGAUCUUAUUUCUCACAAUUCAGGAAAAUCAAUACAUUGGAGAGUGUGGACGUCCACUGCUUUGGCCACUUACUGUAUGAAAUGACUUAUGGACGACCGCCAGACUCAGUGCCUGUAGACUCCUUCCCUCCUGCACCGUCUAUGGCUGUGGUGGCCGUGUUGGAGUCUACGCUGUCUUGUGAAGCCUGUAAAAAUGGCAUGCCCACCGUCUCCCGGCUCUUACAGAUGCCAUUAUUCAGCGAUGUUCUGCUAACUACUACCGAAAAGCCACAGUUUAAGAUACCCACAAAGUUAAAAGAGGCAUUGAGAAUUGCCAAAGAAUGUAUAGAAAAGAGGCUAAUUGAAGAACAGAAACAGAUCCACCAGCAUCGAAGACUGACGAGAGCUCAGUCUCACCAUGGAUCCGAAGAAGAAAGAAAAAAGAGGAAGAUCUUAGCUCGAAAGAAGUCAAAACGAUCUGCUGUUGAAAAUAGUGAAGAGAAUUCAGCAAAAUACAGCAACUCCAAUAAUUCAGCAGGAUCUGGGGCCAGCUCACCUCUCACAUCCCCGUCAUCGCCGACUCCACCCUCCACAGCAGGACAGGAGGCCAGGCUUCUCAUUGGGCUCAUCUAUGUUGCCACCUCUCUGCACACUGCCUGUCUUAUUGCUGGAAUCACAUUUACUCCAAUUUAUGUCUUUACUUCUAGGCCACAUUUAUGGUUUAUCUGGGAACUAAGUCAAGCAUAGUGUCUUCCAGCUUUAUGAUAAAAUGCAAUUUUCUCAAGAAAUGAAGGAAAAUUCUUCAUUUUCAAGGGCUAGUUUAGAAAAGGAAUUCCUGCUAAAGGUAGCACCUCAAACACACCUCGAUCUGGGAGCCCUUGGAAACUACACCUUGGGCUGUGGAACCUAAACUUGAGGAUCACCACUCGCUAGUUCUGGGACCUUGGAGAAGAUACUUGACCUCCCUGGGCUUCAGGUUUUGAAACCGAGUGAGGCCCUGUGGGGUCCCGGGCACGGAGGCCCUUUUGUCCUCUGUUUCUUGUAGGCAAGGCUCCAGGCUCCAUGACCUUCCGUGAGUUCCAAAGGGCAGAUGAGAAAGGGAUGAGUUACUAAUCACGGGAGAAGCAGCCAGGAAACCACCUGAGAUGAGAUUAAGGAAGUGCAAGUUCUUCACACGCCCUAAUCUUGUCAGAGACUCCAUCCUUGGACCUGUUGUUAUCAAACCCUUCAUCAGAUCCUCUGGGGUGGGGACACAUAGUUUCUCCAGGCAUGAGCCUGCUGUGUCCCCGUUUGCCUGGCAAAGUAAUCAAGCUAUCCUUUUCUACUUCACCCAAAACUCUGUCCCCGAGAUUUGAUUUGGCAGUGGUGUACAGAGAGGCUGAGCUUUCGGCAUCAGUUUCCCAUUUGUAAAGGAGGAUAAUAACAGUGCCUGCCUAGUGGGUUUAUUACGAGGAUCCAGAGAGUUCCAUGCCCAUGGGGUUAGAACAGCGCCUGCUACACAGUAAGCCUUCAGGACACUGUUAGUUACUGAUAGACCUUGAGUGAGUCACUUUCCAUGUCUGGGUUUGGGUUAUGUCCUCUGUAGAAGGCAAAAGCGUGGGGGUCAGAGGAGACUAUCUCACAGUUCUAAUCAAGCAUCCUCUAAACCCACUGUGGACUCCGCCCUUUGGCGGUUUCUUCAGCAAUAGAUCAACUGAGGCAAGUUCAGUUUGACAGCAUUGCCUUUCUUCCUGAAAACAUCAAUUUUAAGCACAUUUGUGGUAGCUGAGGGUGAUUUUCAGCUCAGUUGCUUUCAGGAUGGGACAGAAGUGACAGAUGUUUCUAAGCGAAGGGGUCUUACUCUCAUGAGCCCUUUCCAGCAUUUGUGUAGGACUGAGGCCUCUCCUGUUUCUUACUGUACUUCCCUGCCAUGGGCCUCUUCUUGAAAUCCUUACCAAAUUGAUGGGAGAAAUAUUUCCUUAAGUCUGCUGGCAAUUCCAUCAGGUAGGGUAGGAUUCUCUAAAAUUCUUUUUUUUUUUUCCAGUGAGAACAUUCCUAGCACUUUUUUUGCUAAGGUUUCUGUUUCGUGCCUCUAGAAGAUCAUUCUUUCAAAAACUUUAAUAUACUUUAUCUUGACUUAUGUCAUGGUCAGUGUCACCAACUAGUGUUCAUUUACACUCUAUUCAUGGAGCUGAGUGGUUUAGAUGGUCCUAAUUGACACACAGAUGUUUGCUUCUACCCUCCCUUUGGGAGGAGACAAACCUGUUGCCUUGCCAUUGUGUGUGUGUGUGUGUGUGUGUGUGUGUGUGUGUGUGU